ACACUUUACUCACACUGUUGUAUUAAUCUAUUGACACUUUUGAUUACCUGCAAAGACUUGUUAUUCAGCCUAUCGACACUUGACUCACACUUUUGGUACUUAUAUGUUGAAAUUCAUAAUUACCUGACAAGAUCACGCGUGUUGACAGAAACGUCAAGUUUCAGCAGAGAUGCAAGAAAGCAGACAAGAUGCCGAAAGGACUACAGAUCAUGAACCUAUUCAAGUCACCUUACAACACAGACUACACUGAGAGACUCUGCCAUUCUACUUCUUGCACACUCUUCAUCCAUCUCGUGCACCAGCUCUAAAGCAGAUGCCGUAUUCUUGAAACCAAGAUAGAGCUCAGCUUACGCUCAAGACACUGCCAAGCAGACAAGGCAGUGGAACUACAUCACCUACAUGCAUGCCAAGAUCAGGGAACUCGAGAAAUUCAGUAUCACUGCUAGCAGCAACCAAGCCUUCCCCAAUAUCAUGGUUGAAACCUAUCACCACAGGGAAGUCCAUUGUGAACUUGUCUGACUACAUCCUUCAACCAGAUGAAAUUGAAAUUCCAGCUGACGCUCAAUUUCUGCCUCACUAUCAAAAUGAACCUCACUGCUCAUGUGGCAGACAUAAAGGAAUUCAUCAGGCGAAUGAGGCUCCAAGAAUAAUUCCACAAGCCCCAAGAUGUCUGCACCAUGCCCAAUAAGACAACUAAGAAAUCAGAACAGUUGACAGAGAGAUCUGCAGUGCAGCAACCGUAAAAGAAAGAAUCAAAUUGGACUCUCCAGAAGGCUGUUGCCCUACACCUGACAUGUAUGCUGAAGCCAUUAGGAGAUGUGUCAAUGCCAGUUUCAUCAAUCAUGCUCACAAGGUAGUCCAGAACGUCACCUAAAUAAAUGCAAUGCAUUCCAUGCUGUCAAGACCAACCAAUACAUCGUCAUCAAACCAGCCGGCAAUGGAGGAGCUAUUGUCAAACAGAAUAGAAUAUACACUGCAAAGAAAUGUCCCGACAACUGAACAAUCAGGAACACAACACAGUUACCCACCGAUCCAAUCAAAGAGCACACCCUCAACUCGACAGACUGAUCAAGACCUCUGAUCCAGACCUUGAGAUCACCCUAUGUGCUUUUGUCCCACUUAUUCAUGCGUAGGAGACUUCUAUUGCCGUCUAAAAAUACACAAAGCCAACACACCCUCACGCCUCAUCAUACCAGGCAACGGGUCCCUGUGUGAGAAACUCUCUGGCUAUGUGAAGGCAUCUUGAAACCCAUCAUACAAAGAACCCCCAUUUUCUGUCACGACAGUACAGCUCCUUACAGAAACUCGGCACCCACAGAUCACUAAAACCAGGGACAUUCCUUGCCACAAAGGACAUUUCGGCACUCUACACCAGCAUCCUCCAUGAGGACGGCGUUGCCACAACUGUCUCAGCACUUAACAUUGACAACUGCCAAUCUCCGGAUGCCAUCCUACAACUCGUUCACUUUAUCCUCGACCACAAUGUCUUCAUCUUCGACAACCAGCCCUUUAUCCAGACAUAUGGAACAGUCAUGAGGACCAAAUUUGCACCAUAAUAUGCCAACAUUUUCAUCACAAGUUCGAGCAAGCCUUCUUCGCCAUACAGGACCUCCAACCAAUGCAAUACACCAGUUACAUCGAUGACAUCAUCUUCCUUUGGAAGAAUCAUUAAAACGACUGCACAACAAAAUUAACAAGUUUCAUUCCACCAUCAAACCCAACGUGAACUACUCCUCAGAAUCAGUUUCAUUCUUGGAUACAUGCAUUUCCAUCAAGGAUCGACACCUGAGUACUUCCCUCUGCUGUAAAGAUAACCUCAGAUGCUCCACUUCUCCAGCUUACACCCUAAACAUUAAAGAAGCCACCCCCUAUGGACAAGCCCUGCGUAUACACAGAUCUGCUCAAAAUGGAGGAGGAAUAUGAAGAACAUGUACAGAUGCUGGAAGACGCCAACAUAAGAAUGGGAUCUGAUGCUCAACUCAUUGAUCGACAGUUCUGACAUUCCACAGCGAAAACCACAGUCAUCUCCUCAGAAGACAGAAGCAGGAUACAACCGAGUGCACUUUAUUGUUCAGUACUUCUCUGGAGCGGAGAAACUAUGCCACGUUCUUUACAACCUUCAGCAUGUCAUUGAUGACGAUGAAUAUCUUGCCAAGGGCAUCCCUAUGCUUCCACUACUCGCCUUCAAACAGCCACUUAACCGACCAUUGUUUGAAGCAAACUAGCCAAUCAUCAGGAGAACAGCGAUCACGAUACCAUACAACUAUGCCAAGCUCUGCAAGACAUUUUCAGAUCAUCAGUACGGAUACUACCGUCACACGUGAGAACAUCAGCCACCAGUUGGAACAGUAUAUGGAUGAGAAUUUUAUCAAGCAAGCCUUUACUACUAUGGGUGAGCCAACUGUUAAUGUGAAAAUCAUUAGCAACAGAAUGACUGGAACACUUGCAGGAUAUUGCUUUGUGAAAUUAGCUGACCAGCCCACUGCUGAUCGUUGUCUUCAUAAAUUGAAUGGGAAGCUUUUGCCAGGUUCAAAUCCGCCAAAGAAAUUCAAGUUGAAUUAUGCAGCCUAUGGAAAAAAAACAGAUGUAGGCCAGGAAUAUUCCAUAUUUGUGGGCGAUCUCUCUUCUGACGUUGAUGAUUUUCACCUCUAUGAUUACUUUGUGAAAAAAUAUCCAUCUUGUAGAGGUGGAAAAGUGGUGACAGACAUAUCUGGAAACUCAAGAGGUUUUGGAUUUGUCAGGUUUUCUGAUGAAGCAGAACAGAAAAAAGCUUUAGAAGAAUGUCAGAACAGCAAAGGAUUAGGAGGAAAGCCAAUCCGAAUAAGCAUAGCAGUGCCUAAAAGUGCAAAAACCAAGCUAGAAUACCAACCAGCUGCCACUUACAACUAUACACAGUACUAUGAACAGUUUUACACUCAAUGGGCUUAUGAUCCAUAUGGCAGCUACAACUAUGGGUACCCGCAAUAUGGCAGUACUGAAACACCAUCAGUGACUCAAUCCCUAAUCACAGAAAUGGCACCAUUGUCUGAGUUUCAGCAGAAUUCCCCAAUUGCCGGUGAAGCUGAAGAGGAGCCUGUAGAAGUUCCAGAUCCAAAGUUGGAUAUUGAUGAAGUUAAUGAACAAUUCAUGGAACAAAGUGAAGAACUAUAUGACUCAUUAAUGAAUUGUCACUGGCAACCCCUGGAUACAAUCACAUCUGAGAUUUCCACUGCAGUAUAAAAUAUUUUAGAAAUGCUAUUUCAAUUUUCAUUGUACGUCCAGCAGAUUGACCUUGUUUUUUUUCCUGCAAAUUAUAUUGAAAAUAAAUUGCAGUAUGUUUAA